AUGGGGACGCUAAAGGUUGGUAUGAAGAAUGAAGGAUACCUCCAGCCUGUACAGCCCAGCAGCCGAGUGGAAGUGAAGGUGACAGGUGAUGCAGAGGCCACAGUGGGGCUGGUGGCUGUGGACAAGGCUGUCUAUGUCUUGAACAGCAAACAUAAGCUCACACAGAAGAAGGUCUGGGAUACAGUGGAGGAACAUGACAUUGGCUGCACAGCAGGCAGUGGAAAGGACAGACUUGCUGUGUUCAAGGAUGCUGGAUUAGACAUGAAGAUGAGCACAGGGAUGGACACCUUGGCAAGCUCAGACUGGCAGUGCCCCAAGACCUCCCCUCCCACCCGUCAGCGCCGCUCCCUGAAAAGGCUGGAGACCAAGAGGAAUGCAGUGAACAAGUUCGAGACUGAUCUGGAACGAAAGUGCUGCGAGGCUGGACUCCGGGAGAGCCCAGCGGGGCUGUCCUGUGGGGAGAGGACCCGGCAUGUUCGCUAUGGACCAGACUGCGUUGCCGCUUUCCUGAGCUGCUGCCAUCUGUCUGAGGCCCUGACUCGAGAGGCCCGGGAGGAGCAGCUGCUUCUGGGGACAAUGGAUGAAGACGAGGACUUCAAUGACAUCUUCCUGGAGGACCAGCCCGUCCGGAGCUUGUUCCCUGAAAGUUGGUUCUGGAGGAAGAUUACUUUGCCACAAAGUGAAUCGGGCAUCUCCAACUUGAUCACCUCUGUGACCGUGCCGGAUUCGAUCACCACAUGGCAGUUUGUGGCCAUCAGUGUCAAGGCUGGACAAGGUCUUUGCGUCUCGGACCCCUUUGAGCUGACAGUUACGAAAUUGUUCUUUGUGGAUCUUAAGUUGCCCUUCUCGGUGAUCAGAAACGAGCAGGUCCAGAUCCAAGCUGUGCUGUACAAUUUCAUGACCAACCCAGUCAAGGUCCGAGUGGAGUUCCCCUACAAGGAGUCACUGUGCAGUGCAGCAAAGCCAGGAGCCCCCUCCCGCCAGGCAGGGGGUCAGAUCAAGCAAGUAUCCCGUAGCAUCUUCCUGAACCCCCAAGGUCAGACCCAGACGGAGUUGGUGCCAAAACAGGAAAUUUUGGACAAGACACCCAACACAGAAGCAGAAGUGUUUGUCAGUGUCCAAGGUUACAGCCGGAUGCUGACCCACAGGAGUGCAGAUGGCACCUACCACACCAGCAAGGGGAACCCAGGAAGCACCUGGCUCACGAGUUACGUGUUCCGGGUCUUUGCCCUGGCCUACCCCAUCAUAAGCUUCAGUGUGCUCGACCUGCCAUCUCUCUGUGGCCUCGCCAAAUGGAUCAUCAACCAGAGGCAGGAGAGGGAUGGGAGCUUCUCAGAGGAAGGCCCUGUGGUCAUGGCAUCCAUGCAGGGUGGCUACCAAGGCUCCGAGGCAGACGUGUCCCUCACAGCUCUUGUCCUGAUCGCCCUGAAUGAAGGGAAGGAGUUGUGCCACCAGGAGAUACCGAAUUUGGAAGCCAGAAUGAAGAAAGCCACUGGCUUCCUGGAGGAAAAACUCUUCCAGAUUCAGACAACUUUUGCCAUAGCCAUAGUCUCCUAUGCUCUGGCCCUCGCCAGAAGCCCCCGAGCCAAUGACCGCCUGGACAGAUUUGCCAGUCUGGGUGGGUGUGGAUCACUUCUUAACCAACUCUUUGCUCAACACAACAAAACCUAUUGGCCAGUGGACGACCUGAACACGAACUCCUUAUACAGCAUUGAGGCCACUGCCUACGCACUGAUGCAGAAGCUGGAGCUGGGUCGGCUCAAUGAGACGUUUGCCAUUGCCAAGUGGCUCCUGGAGAUGCGGGAGCUGGGAGGAGGCUUCCAGUCCACCCAGACCACAGUCGUGGCCAUUGAGGCUCUCACCCGCUACAGCGAAGCUGUCCCCUUUGAUGGUAUCCAGAAUCUCCACGUCCAGAUCAAAGCCCCCAAGAGAGCCUUGAAUGUGCAAUGGUCCAUCGAUGAGAAUAACGCUUACCAGUUGCGAUCAGCAAAGUUCUCGGCCCAGGAUGACCUAGAGAUCAAAGCCAGCGGCAGUGGAAGAGGCACCAUCUCGAUCCUGACCAUGUACUACAGGUCCCCAGAGUUCUGGAAGGACACCUGUAACCUGUACCACCUGAAUGUGACUCUUCACACAGCCCAAGAAGAGAAUAAAAAGGGGGAAGAGACCUUUCAGCUCCGGAUGAAAACAAGAUUCCAGGGUUAUCGAGAGGCCACAAUGACCAUCAUGGAGGUCUCCCUGCUCACCGGCUUCUACCCCAACCAAGAUGACCUCAAACAGCUCACGAGUGAAGUGGAGAGGUACGCUUUCCAGUAUGAGACCAAGACGACCACCAGCGACAGCACCGUGGUCCUCUACCUGGAGAAGCUCUCGCACAAGGAAGACACGGUGCUGGGUUUCCGGAUCCACAGGAUGCUGCAGGCGGAGUUCCUGCAGUCCGCCCAGGUCACGGUCUACGACUACUACGAACCUUGUGAGCAGGGGCCUGGGGGUGGGGGGGUAUCACCCAAGGGUAGGAGGCCUGAGAAGGACUCAGCCAGAAGGGAUGGCUGA